UCUAGACUAAUCAGUCUACUUCGUCUCUGCGAUUAUGCUUAAAUUUCCCGGGCUUCUCUUUUGGCCAGUAUGUCUAGCCUUCAAAUGUGAAUGGCACAUAAGACUGAUUAAAUUUACAGAUCACAAUCAAUUCUCGGAAACUAUCCUUCAGCAAACUCCUAGUGCCAACCUUGAUUUCGUGUUUCAGAAUUUAUCUGACCAAGGUAUUGAUCCUUUUGAAAGACUUGAGCACUACUAUGCUUUCCCUUAUUUCCUUAAGAUAGACCUAGCCUGCGAAAAUGAGGGAAUGCAACCUAUUGUGAAGAUAAGAUUUCAGCAACCUGUUCGUUCAGUUUACACCAUGCCAGAAUUAUUGGAGAUUGCUGUAAUAGCAGCACCAGUGGCUAAUGAUGGUUCUGACUGUUUGGCUGAGAUUUGUGAUGUAGCAUGGCUUGUUCCUUUGCCUUAUAAGAACGGAUCUGUCGUCUCCGAAGCACUUAUCACAAGCAAUAAGAUCAGCUUGCAAAUACCAGACAAGAAGUUGGGAAUCAGUGAGGACGACAAUAGUGAAGCAGUGUGGCUGAAGAUGAUCGGGCCUAGGGCACAAUGUAUUCUUUUAAAUAUUGAUGGAUACUUAAACCUGAAAUACACUUUGGAAGUUGGUGUUGACCCAAAUAUCAAGCAAUUUGACAUUGGACAUGAGGUUGUGGAAAUUGGAAAUUUAAUUCCAGUCCCCAAUCCGUCAAGUCCCCUCUGGUAUUUGUCUGAAAAUAGUCCUGUUCUGAUACUCGGAGGAAUUAAUGAUCGCAAGGUCGUCCUCUUGUCUACCACUGAAUUUGAUGAUUUUACUAUUUUGGAGGUAAGCAUUGACAGUUGUUGGAUUGGCUCUCUUAGCUGUCCUCAGGGAGUGUACUCCGCUACUGUAUAUGAUGCUAUUGCUACUGAAAGUAUGCUGUUUAUUCGGCAGAAUCAGCUAAUGUAUUACUUCAAAGGAAAUUUUACCUUACUUCGCCAUCAAGAUCAAGGAUCAGCUUUAAAGACUACAUAUAUUCAUCACCUGACUCAGAAACUAGGACUGCCAGAUUUUAACUGGGCGUGGGUGACCAGGUUGCCUGAUGCCUCCCCCACCAUGGAUUUAACUCCAAGGUGGUCAGGAGAUUGCCUUGUGCUCUGGGCUGCCUUGGAUAGAUUUCAAAAUGCGACUCUUCUUCUUGUGGAAGGCAUAAAAACUGAUUAUGAAGCUACAGAAUAUUAUCUCGUAUAUUACUACUUUGGAACUGCAAGCUUCACACUUCAUUAUAAGCUUCCUUUGAAUAUUCCAAAAGAGAAACAAGGUUUUCUUUUACUUCUUGGAACUGAAGAUUACACCAACAUUCCAAUGAUACCAAUGGGAAUUACACUAAGUCAUAUGAAUUCAAUGGCCUACAUAUGGGGAAACUUUUUAUUUACCAGCUACAACCUUGGUGUAACGUGGCUUGCAGUACCAGGAGUUCCAAGUGACUCCCUUAUCCGCUACUUUAUACCAUCUUGGAAUGGAGAUUUUGCCUUUAUGACCAAUAUUGAAGAGCUGUGGUAUGGGAAGGAUGGUUUUCCACAUCUAACUCGCUUGCGCCCUUCAAAGGGCUGGGUUGCUUUUAUGGAAGUGCAGUAUGUAAGAGGGAAGGCUUCCUACUACAAAAGUGAGACUACAUUAAGUGUCUUCUUUGACAGACGACAGAAGUUACAGGAGAUUGUCUAUGCAGCUGUUCCAAAUGGCACCACAAAAAUCUUUAAACGAGCAAUCCCAGUGGAGGAAUUAUUAUCCUAUCAGGAAUUCUUUAAUUUGCCUUACAAUACUGAGAACUCUCUUGGUAAUGGCAUCUCAUUUUUAGACAAUUGUCCUUUUGGAGUAAUGGCGAUUAAAACUUUAGCUCCGCCCUUAUUUUACAACCGAAUACAGCACUACAUAGCCAAGCCACCUUGGAUCUUUUCUGAAACUGGAUUGUAUAAUGAUCUGUCACUGACUGUCUAUCAAGGACUGGUCCAUGGACUGCUGUGGCUGCAUUCUACCUAUUAUCGACCAUAUGCAGAUCCAGUUCAUGACCCAACAUGGAGGUGGUGGAAAAAUUCACGCACAGCCCAGCAUUACUACUUCUAUCUGGCCAGUAACAAACUCUCUAAAGGUGGUUUCUACGUGGAAGCAUAUGAUUACCGGAAGCACUAUGAUGCAAAUAUCCAUGACUCUUUGCCUUCUGUCAUUUAUCUGGAUAAAAGCAGCUCAUAUGAAUUCAUUGUGUACCUCACUAUGAACGAUGGAAAACCUGGUGUUGAAUAUGAUAUCAAUCAGGUAUGGAUGUCAGCACAUGUUUCCUCCCCAGAAUAUAUUCUGGUCAAGCUAGAGAGAAAGGAGAUAGUAAAUCGAGGGAGCCUAAUAUAUAAGGGGAAGCAUCUCUCAAUAUCAACCCUGUCAGGCUCGCUGCAGUCAAUGGAGGUCACAGUGAAAGAUCGAGAAUACUAUGCCGAACAGAGUUUGUCAGGUGAAAACCUGGUGGUUCUUUCAGUUACCAUAAAGAAGAGGGUGAUGAUACCAUUCUUCAUGAAUUUGCACAUGUUCCCUGUCAGAGACAUACAACAGUACAACUCAAGCAGGUCCUUGCCAAUCAAGUCCCUUGAGCUGAAUACAACUCCACCAAUAAGCUGUCGAUCCUGGGAGUUUUAUUCUUUUCAAAGGACACGAGGGCCUUGGUCAGCUCAUCCAGAGAUAACAGCCGGUCCAGCCUCUCCCACAUACUAUCAUCUGAGGCCUCUAUUCCAUUGCACUGUGACUACUGAAGCAUUUUACCCCUUUUUCUUGAUUCAAGAUAUGGUGACUGGAAAAUCUGACCGGUUUUGGGGCAAAUAUACAUUUAAAGUUAUUGGAGGUGGACCAUACUCAACAAGUAACAUCAGAAUGUUCAAUGAAGAUGAGAUUUUGAUGUAUAAUUCAUUGAAUCACAGAGAUUCAUUGGAACUGAUACCAAAGAAUUCAGGAAUAUCCAUAGAAAUUGAGGAGGCACACAUUCAUCUGGAAGCCCAGGACCAGCAUAAACCCCCAACAGAUUUGGAGGAGCAUCCUAAUAUGGAGUUUGCAGCAAAAGAUGGACUCAUGAAGUGGCAAGAUUUUAAAUAUGCAGCAAUCUGGGACAUUGUAGAUGUCAAAUCAAGUGAAAUAAUGUCCACAGAAGAUGGUUAUCGUAUUUUCAGUGGUGAUAACUUUGGAAUUCGGUGGAUUUGCCAGAAGAACUCACCUUGCAGUGAUGUACCAGCAGAUGGGCUAAAAGGUCCAGAAUAUUUUUUGGCUAUUGAGGUGUCUAAUAGGGGAAUUGAUACAAGUACAUACUGUGACUACAGACUAGAAUUUUUAAUUCAUUUACAUGGAUUGCCCCUCAACCCUUACCGAGGACUUAUCUUUAUGCUUACAACAUUGUCCAUACUGUGGUUUAUACUGUUUUCCUUUAUUAUCCUUCGCUGCUAUCUAAAUUGGUUUGAAAAGCGACUGAAAUUGUUAUCAGCUGUCGAUCCAAUGGUCCUACCUGCUCGCACAGGGGAUCCUGAUGCUCUUGACAUGCACAGUGCAAAUGAUAUGCAACAUUCGCCCUCCUCCUCAAGUACUUCACUUCAUUCAUCAUCCAGCAUGAUCCACAGUAGACAUCAUGGCAGCAUCCGGAAUCCAAAUGUGUUCCUGAAGCCUCACUGA